ACAAAAUAAAAAGGAUGGGCUAGGGUAACCCUUCCCUCACCUCGCAAAACCCGGCUGCCAUCCCUUUCUUCCUCACGUUCCCUCACCCUCACAAACAGCCGGCAGCACACAAGCCCAGCUGCGGUCCUCCUCCGGCAGCAACAGGCUGCAGUGCUCCUCCCCACAACCAGCAGCAGCAGGCUGCACUUCCUCCUCCACGAGCAGCAGCAACCAGCUGCGUUUCCUGCCCAACAACCAGCAGCAGCGGCUGCCACGUGCCGCCUACACCGUGUACUCGGUCAUACCCAUCACCGUGUGUCACCACCAUCCCAAAAAUCACUUGUCUCUUCACCCCUUUUUCUGUGGUUUCAUCCAUUGUUGAUUCAACAACAAAAGCUGAUGAAUCAGGGACCAUGGCUAUUUGAGGAAAAUACUUGUAUUGAUGAUCAAAAGAUUGUUGUAAUAAUACAACUAGGCAAUAGUCACUUUCACGAGACAAGGAUAUGCUAGCCGACAAUUUUAACAAUGACGAGAAAUACAUACUUAGAAGGCUCGAGAUCACCGACAAAAAGAAGGGUUUCAUAGAGCUGUUACAACAACUGACAGUUUGUGACUCAGUCUCAGACAAGGAUUUUGAGGACAGAUUUGAAGAGCUUGUAUCGGAGGGAGAUAAUCAUGUUAUAUGUGUAAUAGAAGAUGGUAACACAGGAAAGAUCGUAGCUACGGGAAGUGUAUUUAUCGAGAAGAAAUUUAUCAGAAAUUGUGGCAAGGUUGGCCACAUCGAAGAUGUAGUCGUGGAUGCUAGCACACGUGGGAUGAACUUUGGCAAGAAAGUUGUUGAGUUCCUUACUCAACAUGCAAACUCAAUGGGAUGCUACAAGGUUAUUCUUGAUUGUUCUGCUGAGAACAGAGUGUUCUAUGAGAAAUGUGGAUACAAGCAAAAUCAAAUUCAAAUGGUCAAGUAUUUCUCUUAGUUUAAAGUUUUUUUUCGUUUUAAUUCUGGCUUAAAAGUCCUAUGGUUUUGUUUAAUGUAUAAGUACUACGUAUGUUAACUAAGAUUAGAGUCUGUUUGACAAAGGAUUAUUUGCUGUCACCUCUCAAGAAAUCGACAUUUCUUCUGUUC